GUCCUCCCAAUCUUCCUUUUCAAACUUUAACUUGUUUUCUAGAGUAAUUUCUACCAUUGAUAAGCCCGAUAAUGGCGGAGGAUGCAGCUCUGAGAUCAUCAACGGUGUGUUUGGCGGUAAUCAUGGUAAUCGUUGGAAUAUGGACGCUCUCCCUUAAGAAGAUGAUGGUUACGUACAUGUUCGGCAUGCUAGGGAUCGCCGGCGUGCUUUUGCCUGAUUGGGAUUUCUUCGGUCGAGAUUACUCGCGGUGGUGCUACCCUGUCACCGCGGAGGAAAGAGACAGAUUGGCUGCUCUUGCUCAAAGAUCUCGACUAAGAAGGUAUAGGAUCUACCCGAUGAGAGUGGUUGUUUACACAACAAUUUAUGGUUAUGGUCUGUACAAGUGGUGGGAACUCAUAUCAAGUUAAUUGCUACAGUUUCUGCAACAGAGUCUUUAUAGAUGGAUUCUGAGUUCAGUUGCUGGUGAUUCUAUUUCUGCUUCUGGAAAUAGUUUUGUGUUAAAAAAAAUGUAUCACGAGUCAUAGAAUGCUUUUCGCAUUUUGUCCAAAAAAAAAAAAAUCACAGAACGCUUUUAUUUACUACGUUUUUUAUUUAUAGACUUCCGUGUAUUUGUUCCUUUCGAGCCCCCCCCAAGCCCUCCAGCCACCGACUCAUUUCUUGAGAAAAUUGGUGACCAAGCUUGGGAUUUUCUCCUUCUUUUCUUGAUAAGUAACAAGAUUUGGGACUUAGAACACUUUCCAAAACCCAGAAAUUUUCCAGAUCUGCAUUGUUUUCUUCUUCUUGUCCGCCGGCUGCUAUGUGGGUGUGAGAUUUUUGGGCUUUUUCUGGUAAGAUUUAGCCAUGAAUCCCUCUCUUUAACCUUGAUUUAGGUUGGGUUUACUUUAAUUGCUUUUAUUCCCUUCCAAUUUCUGGUAAAGCCGUGAGCAUCCCCCCUGCAAUUCCGUCAGCCCCCAUGCUCGCCUGGUGCGGGUUCUGCUGGCCGAAAAAAAAAGAGAAGGAAUUCUGGAAGCGAAACCGAGGACGGAAAAAUCGAGGGAAGUGACAAGGUAGAAGACAAGGUAGAAGGCUAGCCAUUCUAAUUGGAUAUAAGUUUUAGAUUUUAUCAUCCUUUUGCAAAGUAGAUUUUAUUCUUGAGAUUUUGUGAUUUGAACAAGUUCCGAACCUUGUGCACUUGUGGGACCCGUCUCACAAGGGUACGACGUCUGCCACAUCCUCGGAUUUGGGUUUUAAGGCGUGACAACAUGUGGUCAUAAAAGGAACUUAUUAGCAUCCAUAAUUAAUUUACGAGGAUUAUAUCAAUUCGUUGGUGAGAUGAAUUCUCAUUCAACAUUAUUUGAGUUUAACUCUAAAUGUUAAAUUGAUAAUUCAAAUGUGAAUUAAAACUUGUCACUUUAA